AUGCUGCGGCGACCGCUCACUUCUAUUGAAAUCAAAGCUGACGACAUUGAUCAUAUGGAAAGGGUUUUGCUGGAAGCCUAUCAGAAAAAAGGAGCUACUAAAAGCUCUGUGGACUCUGAUGCUGGUAGUACAAGCUUCGGCACCCCCGCAAGUGAAGGGCAGUACAUGGAGAAGUACGGUUAUACGAAACCUAAGAAACCAAUGGGCAAGAGAAUCGUUUUCAAAGAUGACGACGAUAAUGACGUCAUAGAAGUGCCCGGCAAUAGUGGAGGUAAAGAGAAGUCGAAACCGUCUCAGGGCCGUAAAGUUAUCAAAAAGAAGGAUUAUCAUAAGGAUGCCAAGCUGAAAUCAUGGAGAAUGAUCAUAAGAAACCUGCCCUUCAAGGUUUGUUUUUAUUUUUUUCCAGGAUGUGGUCAUACGAAAACCGCAUUGUUGGCGCAGUUGUAA